AUGUACGAAGGGAUUGACAACCUGAAAUCCCUUUACGACCGUGCCGGGAAGACUUUCUCCGGCGGUCCUUCUGCGGCACAGGAUGUGCCGCGUCGUACUGCUCAACCAGACCCAGUACGUCGAUCAUCAGUUGGGAGCGGGGCUCCCAAGAAUCCCAGGACGGGGGAUAGCCGCGCCACCGGACGAGAUAACUCGUCCGACGUCCGUUCACGUCGCGGUGGUUCAACAGCUGCUCAACCAGAUAGCGCUGGCCACCGCGAGAGUCCUCUAAUGGAGGUGGAGGAGGAGGAAAGACGCUCUCCACACGAUCAUGUGGAUCGGUGUGUACCCGAGAGCUUCUUUGAUCGCGUAACGCAAGGGUUACGCGACGAUCUCGAACAUGAGCGGAAUAGGCGUCUCCAACUGGCGGACGCUGUCUCGAAGCAUCGAGCUGAGUUUGCCUUUGCUCAGCUUUAG